AAUAUUCUAUACAUCUGGCAACGGCGCACCUUCAAUUUGUGUGUGUUGACUAAAAAUUCAGUUUGAAUACUCACCUACUAGAGUGAUUUGGUAUUUUCAUAUUACAUUGUUCAACAGGGAAAUAUAGAUAUAUGAAUUUAUUCACAACUCUUGUUUUUCAGUGUGAUAAUUAUUAUGUGUAAAUUUGUUAUUGUAUAUUUGUACCUGUAUUCCUUCGUGGUUCUGGGAAUUGAAUUAGGACCAGUAUUGGAAAUUUUAGAUGGCCAAAUACAAGGAAGAGUUGAGAAAAAUUCAAACGGUAAAACAUUUCAUGCUUUCGAAGGUGUACCCUUUGCGGUUCCACCUAUUGGUGAGGAGCGAUUCACAAUUUCAAGAAAACUAGACACUUGUUGGAGUGGUGUUCUUAAAGCUGAUGAUAACAGUCAUAAAUGUGUGCAAUCGAUACUAUUGAAAGAUUAUUCGGAUUUUCCAGGAAACCCUUCAUUUCAUAUAAUAGGUUCAGAAGACUGCUUAUAUCUGAAUAUUUAUUCACCCGCGAAUUUAGGAAAAGGCGAAAAUAAUGAAUUGCCAGUACUUGUUUGGAUACAUGAAGGCGCUUUUCAAUAUAAAUCGAAGCAACUUUAUAAACCAAAUUUUUUCAUGGAUUUUGAUAUAGUCGUAGUAACUAUUAAUUACAGAUUGGGACCACUAGGUUUCCUUUCUACCCAUGAUGGUGUAAUACCCAGUAACUUAGGUCUUAAAGAUCAAAGGCAAGCUAUUCGAUGGGUAUCCCAAAAUAUCAAAUAUUUUGGGGGAGAUCCCACUAAAGUGACAGUAGCAGGACAAAGCGCUGGUUCAAUUGGUAUCAGUUAUCUUCUUCUAGAUGAAAAAUGUCAAGGACUAUUCAGAGGAGCUAUAUUGGAAAGUGGGUCGGCUUUAUGUCCACAUGACUUUCAAUCAGAUCCAAAAACUCAGGCAUAUCAUUUAGGUCGUCUCAUUAAUCCUGACUUCAAAAAUAACUCGAUCGAUUUAUUGAAAACAUUAAAGCAAAUGUCUAUCAACGAACUCAUGGAAUAUGCUUACUCUCCAUAUUUCAGGUUAAAUAAUAAAAAUGACGUUUGGCAAAUAAAUAUCUUAAAUAAUGUGUGGCUACCAGUCGUAGAGAAUUCUAAGGAUGAAGAUAUCGUGAUUCCUAUGCCUAUGCAUCAAGCAUUUUUAGACGGGCAAUUCAUAAAAAUUCCCAUGAUUGCAGGAUUUACAUCAGACGAAGCUGUAGGUGUUCCAGAAUAUGAAGAAUCUUUCAAAGAUGCUCGUGAAGCGAAUGACAAUCCUGGCUUUCUAAUAGACCCAAAUUUGAAUAUUAAAAAUAAACAUGAAGCUGGGGAAAAGCUUAAAGCUGUGUAUACGGAAGAUUUUACAACGAAUCUUAAUGCUGUAGUAAAAUUUUUUAGUGAUUAUUACUAUAUCACGCCUAUUUUACGUCAGGCUGAUCUAAUUAGAAGCCAUGUACCAGUUUUCCUUUACCAGUUUUCAUACCAACAUUCCACGAAGCUCCAGACGGACUUACCAGAAAAAGUUGGACAUAGCAGUGAAUUGCGAUACAUAUUUCGUGACAACGAAUUUCCAAAUGAACAAGACCGAUUAACGCAUGAAAGAAUGAUGAAAAUGUGGACUAAUUUCAUCAAAUUCCAACAUCCAACACCGGAUGCACAUGAUGACACUCUCAUCAAAUGGCCAAAAACUACUCACAACUUAGAGUACUUGAACAUAAAUCGAACAUUAUCGAUAUUAAAUCACCCUAGGAGAUAUGAAGCUUGGAGGCAAAUCUUAAGUGAAUAUAUAGAUAAACCGUACUGGAUAUACUAAGUUAAUUGACUGUUAUAUUAUUUAGAUAGCUGCAAUCAAAUUAUCUAUAAAUUCCUCAUUUAUGUGUAGUAAUUAAACCUGAAUCAAUCUUGUCAUAUUGGAGAAUUAAUCAAUCAAAAUAGACGUAGCUAUCAUUAAAUUGAUUAUUUGAAUUAUGUCUUUAAUCUAUAGAAAGUGUUAUUUUCUUAUUUCCACUCAUUUUUUUGAUAUUAAGUACAUAUAUCAUCAUUAUCCUUGACCUUAUAUUAUUUGCCGGGUAUUUUUAUAAUUCUAUCGGUAUAAAACUUUUUAGCCACCAACAAAAGCCCAACCAAAUAAUAAACGAUCUUAGAAUAUAUUCCAAUAUUUCCAGAAAGUGCAUCAAGGCUUCCCAUCAAUUUCAGUUAACUUUUGAUGAAUCAUCAGAUAUUUGUGUGGCUUGUUACAUUGACCAACUCCCGCUGCUACUUUAGAAUAUCCUCAUGAAGUAUAUUGACAGUUGACAUUGUAGUACUGGAACGCCGAUUUCAUAGUGUACCGAUUGUUUGAAUCUUGUGAAAUGGCUCCAUUUGUUUGCGUUUUAACAAAAUAUCUCAGAUUGCGAUAUGUUGUUCUUUAUGUAUCAAGCCUUUUAUAACUUAUAACGUUCUGGUCUAAAGGCAGAACUGCCGGCAAAAGUAUACUGGGCGGAGCUAUUACUCGCAAUCAUUUGGAAAGCACCGUAAAUUCGACAACGGGCAGACAGUGAAACUAGUUUACUCAUAAGUGUGUAAAUAUUAUUGUAUAAAGUAGAAUUCGAUUUGCCAGUGUAUAAUGUACACAGUCUAUCGUAAGCUGUACGACGGGACGCAAGUAAAGCUGACAGUACCUGUAAGAACAAAUCUGAGUAAUAUUUUAUUUUUAACUCAAUUUAGCCAGCAAUGACGACGCUGUUGAAAUUUUUAGAUUAGUUGACGAUUUUUUUGUUGAUCACAAGAUUGCUAAGAAAGCAAGAUGUUCUUAGUUCGUUGCACUUUACGAGGCUUUUCUGAUAGUUCAAUUAACUAUUCGCUACUACGUAUAAAAGUAGAUAUGUACAUAUGAUGUAAUUAAAUAGCCAAACUAUAAUAAAUAUUUUACUACAUGUUAUUAUUG